UCCCUCCAGUCCAUUGUACACAGCGGAGGAAACCCUGUGCCGCCGCGAACCGCCAUCUUGGAUAGGUAGAUCCUACUUGAGCCAGGAUAACCCGCAAAACAACUCGUCCUAAUCACUCCACUUUCCGGUUUCAAACUUCAUUCCUGAGCCACAAUGGCCACCGCACCGUACAACUACUCCUACAUUUUUAAAUACAUCAUCAUUGGCGAUAUGGGGGUAGGCAAGUCAUGUUUGCUUCACCAGUUCACAGAAAAGAAAUUCAUGGCCGACUGCCCCCACACCAUCGGCGUCGAGUUUGGCACGAGGAUAAUCGAAGUGAGCGGCCAGAAAAUCAAGCUGCAGAUCUGGGACACGGCCGGACAGGAGCGCUUCCGGGCUGUGACGCGUUCGUACUACCGCGGCGCGGCCGGAGCGCUGAUGGUGUACGACAUCACCAGGAGAAGCACGUACAAUCACCUCAGCAGCUGGUUGACCGACGCCAGAAACCUCACCAAUCCCAAUACGGUGAUCAUCCUCAUAGGAAACAAGGCGGACCUGGAAGCCCAGAGGGACGUCACGUAUGAGGAAGCAAAACAGUUUGCCGAGGAGAACGGUCUCCUCUUCCUGGAAGCCAGUGCAAAAACAGGCGAAAAUGUGGAGGACGCCUUCUUGGAGGCGGCCAAGAAGAUCUACCAGAACAUCCAAGAUGGCAGCCUGGACCUUAACGCCGCAGAGUCAGGCGUCCAGCACAAGCCGUCGGCCCCCCAGGGCGGGCGGCUAACCAGCGAGCCACAGCCCCAGAGAGAAGGCUGCGGAUGCUAAUGACCAAUAACCCCCCCCGCCCCCCUCCGCCAAGUCCACCACGCCCGAGUGAAGGGACACAGACUCCCUCUUGCUCCUCCUGUCUGACCCCCAACCAAUUUUUUUUGUCCCCCCCCACCCCAACACCCUUUUUUUCUUUAAAUCUCGCCACUACCAAUUCAUCGCAUUACUGUCACUUUUUUAAAUAUUUGCUUUUUUUUUUAAAGCUCCAAAUGACUUGUCUAUGAAUUAAACUUAAAUUACUGCUCAUUGCCCCUCUUCAUCCCGGCGAGAUUUGGUGGCUCGGGACAACGAAGGCACGAACGCCAUUUUAAGGCGUCUCAUCAAAGAAGCGUGGACGGAAAACUGCUUUUCCAUUUUCUACAUAACACUUGCCCUCAUUAGGAUCGCAGGUGAGCUGGAACCUAUUCUGGCAUACACCCUGGACUGGUCUCCGGUCAAUCACACCAUCCAUGAUAAACCACCAUUCACAUUUAGACUCUUCAACGAAGCAAAAAAAGUAUUUGGAGGAACCCGGACAACCUGCAGAAAGCCUACAUAAACACGGAGAGACCAUGCAAGCUCCAUACAGGAAGGCCGCAAGAGAUUCCAACUCGAAACAAUGAGGCAGACGCUCAAUGUUGCUCCAUUAAAACCCCGACAGUCAAAUGGUUGCAUCGUCAUAUCACAAGCACCAUUUUGUUUGUUGCCUUAUAGUCUUAAUCAUUUCCCAAAUUUGGCUUAUAAAAUUAGCUUUUUUUCUUUUUGGUAUGACUGUCGAAAGCAGCAUGGCCUUGUCUGGUCGUCAAAAUGGCCUCCUUGUAUAAUACACCAAGCAGCAGCAGCAUGCCCAGCCUCUCCUCCCCCCAAACAGGCAAAACACCCAACUUUUUUUGUGUGUGUGUGCUAUAGUCACUCCUGAACGGACGGCUGUGUACAGUAUAUAAAUCUGUUGCUUAACUGUGUGGUUAUGCCCUGGUUCGGUGGCAUCUGGACAUUGUACAGUUUGACGUGUUAGUAGUGGGCUGCCCGCAAGUCAAUUGCGCAGGGAGGUUGGGGGCGAUACUCUGUAACAUAGUUUCUAUUAAUAAUAAAUGUAUGUAAAGGAGAGAGAUACUCAUCCACUUAAACCCAACUUCCAUCCACACACUACUGAACUUUGCCAGAUUUAUCAUGUGCAAAACUUGUAUUUAUUUUUGAGUCCUGCAUUGCUGUCUUAACUCUUUUUAAGAAAAGGGGGAUGCUCUUCAUUUCCCCUUUGCUGUCCGAGUGACCACUUUCUGCUUUUGUCUGUCCUACGACUAAAGGAAAAAAGUAAACAACGUAAAUAUGUAUUAUUUUCAAAUGAACCGAUCUAACAUUGAAAAGCGUUCUUUUUGCGUGUAUAUGAUUUAAAAAAUGUUGACAUUUUGAUUUUAAUGAAGACUUCUAGACAGAGAAAAAAAUAAAUUAUACAUAACCUG